AUGGAAACUGUUGGUUGUUACAUUUUUGUUCUUGUUGUCAGAGGUAAUACAUUCUUGGUGGUUAUUAUCUCAUUACUGUGUUUUAGUUUUCAGACUUGUAAUAUUUCCAGUAAAGAUUGUUCAGGAGAGGACAGAGCAGAAGAUGAAGACGAGUCCUCCUCUGCAGAAGAUGCAGAUGUGUCCGCUUCAGAAGAUAAAAUGGAGUCUGCUAAUCUUUCCUGGCUGAUUAACCCAGAGAGUAAAAUUCGUAAAAUAGAUUUGGAUCAGUGUGGCGUGACGUCCUCAUGCUGUGCCGAUCUCCGUUCCAUUCUUAUCACUAAUCGAUUUCUCACCACACUGCAUUUAUCAAAUAAUAAUCUUCAAGACUCUGGAAUAAAACUUUUGUGCGAAGGACUUAAACACCCGAGAUGUACACUGCAGAAGUUGAGUUUAUGUGACUGUCAACUGACAUUAUCGUGCUGUGAUGAUCUUUGCUCAGUUAUCACCACAAACCGAACUCUGACCAUACUGUGGGCAACAUUGGAUGACGAUGAGAAAAUGUCAGUCUCAGAAGUGGAACAUUUUUCUGAGGUCCUCCGGAAUGCGGGCUUCAUGGUGAAUAGAGCACAGGAUGGAGGAGGCUGGACAGUAUUUGCAUGCAAAAGACGUUUAAUAAAUAGUCCUUGGGAAAUAUGUCAAUUCCGCUUCAGAUGCAAGGUGUUCUAUUCUCUG